GGCUGCUCUGUUCUGCUCUGCUCUGUUAGCAGGUCUUGCUAGCAGGUACAAGCCCCCUGCGGCCAGUCCAGCCAUGGACGACGGGGACAUCGACUUCUCCAACCCGGAGACGUUCCUGUGCGAGGCCAUGGGCAACGACCCGCCGGCCAGCUGCUCCAUGGGGAGCUACUUCGACGACAUCCUCAACAGCGACGCCGACCACCUCGCCUGCACGCACACCCACACCUGCAACCCGCCCGUCCACGACCUCGCGCACCACACCCACACCUGCGUGCACGUCCACACCAAGAUCCUCUCUGCCUCCGACGACGCCGCCGAGACCUCCGAGUCCCUGCCAGAGGGCGGUGCCACCAAGAAGCAGCGCCCCUCCGGUAACCGCGCGGCCGUCAGGAAGUACCGCGAGAAGAAGAAGGCCCACACGGCGCUGCUCGAGGAGGAGGUGGCUCACCUCAAGGCUGUCAACCAGCAGCUCGUCAAGAAGCUCCAGAGCCACUCCGCGCUCGAGGCCGAGGUGGCCAGGUUGCGUUGUCUGCUUGUUGACAUCAGAGGGAGGAUCGAAGGGGAGAUUGGCACUUUCCCUUACCAGCGGACGGUGAAAAGCAACGAUUUUGUCGACCAGGGGAGCUUCCUCGGUGGUGCCCAGGUUAUGAAUUCCUGCGAUUUCAGAUGCAACGAUCAGUUGUACUGCAACCCAGGAAUGCAGCAGGCCAGAACUAUGGAAGACGAUGGUGUUAUGAGUGGCCAGGUUUUGGGGCAAGGUGCUGGUGACUCUAUGGGCUGUGUAAAACCAGGUUCUUUAAACCCCCCAGGCUGCCGCGGGGGCCAAAUGCUGUAAACAGGUCGAGGACCAUGAGGUGCUUAUCUUCUCCUUGCGAGAGACUAUUGGCUUCCCCGUACAAGGAAGACUGUAUAAAUUGCUGGCUUCUACCAGAGGGCCCAAUUUGGUUUAAACUGUCAUGUUUGUGGCUCUGUUGCCCAUGAUGCCUUCUAUGAUGCCUGGGGCGCUGCAAGUUCGUUAUAGCUCGGAUGCUAUCAGGACAUCCCUUUAUUGUUGCUUAGUUCCAGCCUCGGUAAUGUUCUUGGAGUUUGACAGCCUUUGCUCCUAGUCCUAGAUGCUCGCUGAUAAUUAGUACUGUAGAACAGACCGCGUUCGAAGGUAUCUUCAAUAAUUUAGAUUUCGGCAUCCAGGUUUUGUGGGAAGAUUACAUGUUCAGUUUUGGGUAGACCUCAAGUUGGAUGUGAGCUGCAUGAAUUUUUUCGUUGGUAUGUAUGCCCAUUGUGUUUGUUUUCUACACCGUGCCUAUGAUCAAAGCAAUUGCAUGGAUUUCAUCA